AUGGCAGUGGCCUGGGAGGAGUAUUUCCGGCUGGCCUUCAAAGAGAAACGGCUCCUGAAGCCACUGGAACAGGAUAGGGAUGACAGUUCGGCCUUGCAGCUUAUACUGGAGAAGAAGAAAGAGCUAGCAGCUGCAGACCAGAGUUUGCAGGCCCAGAAGAAGGAAUUCCGCAGCACUAUGAACUCGGUGGACCAACGCUGGACAGAGCUGGAACAGAAAGGGCAGGCGCUUAAGGGGUCCGUCGUCAGCUUUGACAAACAGUUGAAGGAAGCUCAGACCUGGCGUGCGGCACGGAAAGCCAUAGAGGAGCGGCACAGAAUGCGCAGCCUGGAGGCAGAGGCGCUGCGGCUGCGUGCACAGCUGAAGGAGCUGCGGCUGAAGCGGGCGCGGCUGCUGCCGAAAGUUCAACGCCUGGAGCCCUGCGCGCGGGUGCUGGAGAGGGCGCUGGAGCAGGUGCCCAAUUUUCAGGAGGUUUCUGACCUGGUGGCACGCUUUGAGAGCCUGGUACAGACACAGCUGGCACUGAAGAAGGCGGAGCUCAGACGACAGGUGGAGAUGGAGGUGACCCGGGAGAGGCUGCUUAGUCUGCAGAAAGAGAAGCAGGAUGAGCUACUGCGUCUGAGCCAGCAACGUACUCACCUGUGUGUGAAGUUAGAGGCGGCACGGGAGCUCACACAACAGUGGGAAGCCAAGUGGACUGAAGUUCAGAACACGGCAUCAGAAAAGAUGCUGUUCCUAGGACGCGCUAGGAUGGCUGUGCUCAACCUGUACCAGCUUGUUCUCCAGAAACAGGGUCGGAGGAAAGCCCUGGACGUGGAGGACAUGGAGGGGCAGCUGGAGGAGGUGAAGCUGUUUAUCAUGAACGCCUCAGCCACACUGGCCAACUGUCCCCAGGCUAAGCCCACGCCUACUCUUAAGCCAGGCGAACAGUGA